AUGUCGGCCUCCCGCAACGCAGACGCGAAUGCAGGCCAGCCUGGCGAGUUUGGCUCUCACAUUGCGCGUGAUGGGCCACUCGAAACCACUGGUCACCAACCAGGCAAGCUAGUCGGUAACGACGCCAAACCCGAGUUCCAUGCAAAGACUCUUCCUCCAGGCUCUGCUCCAAAGGAGUCAACGUUCCAGCCGAAUACUUCGUCCGAAAUACCAGGACAAGCCUUGAACCCGGACAAUGACGAGCUCGAGGGCAAGGAAUCUACUCAAACCACCGCUUCGUCAACUCUAGGAGGUGCCACAUCAGCUGACGUCCAUCAAGGCUAUGGACACCCCGGCCAGGGUCAAACAAGCCGCGAGCUUCGCGACAACAGCAGUGCCGGUGGGCUAGCUGCGCGAGGUGCUGAGGGAGUUGGAAGCGGUCUACAAGGCGUAGAUGAGAGGGUGAGCCAGCCUAGCCAGCGAGGAUUGGAGAAGGAAGGCGCGGCUGUGGCUGGACGUAAGGAGGGCACUGGGCAAGAGAAGGGGACGGCAGCUGAGGAUCGAUUGCCUGAGAGUUUGUAG